AUGUUCAAAUUUAUUGCUGUAUUCGCUUUGGUUGCUGUAGCCUCAGCUGCUCCUGGUUUUAUCACUGAAUCUCAUCACUCCUUUGUACAACCUGCUGUUUACACUAAAACUGCUGUAGUUGAUACAAGUGCUUCAUCGGCCAUUACCCAUCAAAGUUUCACCAAUUUGGAGAAAAAAGUACCAGUUGUAAAAACUGCUGCUGCUCCUGUUGUAAAAACAGUGCACACUUAUGAGGCUGCUCCUGUUCUUAAAACUCUGCAUACUUAUGAGUCUGGUCCUGUUUUGAAGACUGUUUCUUAUGCCUCCGCUCCAGUUGUCAAAACUAUUGCUGCCGCUCCUGUAGUCCAUACUUAUGCCUCAGCUCCAGUUGUAAAAACUGUUUCCUAUGCCGCUCCUGUUGUCAAAACUGUUGCUACCCCAGUAGUUCAUACUUAUGCUUCAGCUCCUGUUUUGAAAACAUUUGUUUCCUCACCCGUUACUUAUGCCAAAUUGCAUCAUUAAA